GACGUACGGGUUCGAUGUGCCGGAAAUCGUGGAGAACGCGAAUGGCGAGGCGGAAAUUGUCUACAAGGAGGCGGCAGCGGCAAGAACGGACAUGGGACUGGGCAAGAACACCAAUGCCCAGAUUGUGGCAGACAAGGAGCGGGCGCUGCGGGAGAGCUCCCGGACUGCACACCAGAAGAAGGUGGAGCGUGAGAAGGAGCUGUUGGAGAAAGAUCGGCUCCGCAAAGAAAAGGAGAAGCGCAGGACGGCAAAGAAGGAGAAGCGCCGGAUGUGAUGGUUUUUGCUGUAGAUUUGGCCGAUGGGAAAAAAAUUAAAAAGUUGCAUGUUAUUUCCGCUGGUGCAUGGGAUCGCAAGGAACGCGAUGCUGAUAUCGUGUUUUCCACUCUACAGCUCCUCUUUUCCACUCAACUUUCAAUUAAUAUACUCCCCCGUUUCUUCAACCUUACUGUACUUUUUAUUUGCUUCUUCCUAGAAAUGCUAUCUCAAUUGACACAAAAUGUCGCAAAGGUAGUUCGCACUGCCACCUCCAGCGGGCUGUCUCGAAAGCAUCUUUCUACACAGCGCGACUCGUUGUUCGAGGGUAUCCGCAAUGGCGACCGCGCAUCGCUGGCACGCGGUAUCACACUUGUCGAGUCAACCCGCCGCGACCACCAGAAGCAAGCACGCAAGCUUGUUUCCGAAUGCAUCAAGCUGGACCGUCCCCGAUCGCUGCGCAUCGGUCUAACCGGGACGCCGGGUGUCGGGAAAUCGACAUUCAUAGAAAAGUUCGGCAUGAUGCUCAUCAACAUGGGCCACCGUGUCUCAGUGCUUGCUGUCGACCCGUCGUCGUCACGCUCGGGUGGAUCGAUCCUCGGUGACAAGACGCGUAUGCAGGAUCUGAGUGUCGCUGAUGGCGCGUACGUGCGGCCAUCGCCCAACAGCGGGUCGCUGGGAGGCGUCGCCCGCAACACUCUCGAUUCGAUCAUUCUGACGGAAGCUGCCGGCUACGAUAUCUGUCUGGUAGAGACCGUUGGCGUCGGCCAGUCCGAGACCAUGGUCGCCGAUAUGGUCGACAUGUUCAUUCUGCUGCUGCAGCCGGGGUCCGGCGACGAGUUGCAGGGCGUGAAGCGCGGAAUCAUGGAGCUGGCUGACCUUAUCAUCAUCAACAAGGCCGAUGGCGCGCUAGAGAUUCCGGCGAAGCUUACCCGUACCGAGAUUACAAAUGCCCUGCAUCUGAUGAUUCCGAGGCGCAAGUCGUGGAAUCCCAAGGUGGUCCGUGCAUCGGCCGUCACCGGAUUCAACCUCGAGCGCGUGUGGUCGACCAUCGAAACGUACUUUAAGAAACUCGGCGAGUCGGGCGAGUGGGACGGGCUCAGAGCCGAGCAGCAGGAGAAGUGGAUGUGGAGAGAGGUCACAAAUCUGCUGCUGAGCCGGCUCAACCGCGACCCUGAGACCCGCUUCUUUGCCAAAUCGCUCGAGUCGGAUGUUGUUUCUGGCCAGCUACCGCCGGGAGUCGCUGCUGAGCAGAUCGUCGACCAGGUUUCUGUCGUCGCAAGCGAAGCUGCCGCCCACCUAGAACCUCAUCUUUAUAGUCUCACAAGUGAAUUUUAUUAUUAGCACCAAAAGCCUCCUGGUAUGUUAUUCGAGCGAUGCAGCGCCGUGCCAUU